GGGUGCUGUCGGAGCAAAUUGGCGCCAUUUUGAAGCUAGGAGGGGGAAGAGAGCUGCGGGAGAGAGGAUACAAUUCAUUGCAAUUCAUAAAAACAAGGAGUACUGAGCUGGGAGAAUGGCUCUCUCUAAGUCUCGAGCGGCCGAUGGGAAGAUCACCUACCCUCCGGGGGUCAAGGAGAUCUCCAGCAACAUCUCCAAGGAGGAGAUGGUCCGCCGACUCAAGAUGGUGGUGAAAACGUUCAUGGACAUGGACCAGGACAGUGAGGAGGAGAAGGAGUUGUACCUGAACCUGGCACUCCAUCUGGCGUCGGACUUCUUCCUGAAGCACCCUGACAAGGACGUACGCCUCCUAGUGGCCUGCUGCCUUGCCGACAUCUUCAGGAUCUACGCACCAGAGGCCCCCUACACAUCACCUGAUAAACUGAAGGAUAUAUUCAUGUUCAUCACUCGUCAGCUGAAAGGACUGGAGGACACCAAGAGUGCUCAGUUCAACAGAUACUUCUACCUGCUGGAGAACAUAGCGUGGGUGAAGUCCUAUAACAUCUGCUUUGAGCUGGAGGACAGCAAUGAGAUCUUUACUCAGCUCUACAGGACCCUGUUCCAGGUCAUCAACAACGGACACAACCAAAAGGUGCACAUGCACAUGGUGGAUCUGAUGAGUUCUAUCGUCUGUGAGGGAGACAGCGUGUCACAGGAACUACUGGACACUGUGCUGGUCAACCUGGUGCCCGCACACAAGAACCUGAAUAAGCAGGCCUAUGACCUGGCCAAAGCUCUGCUGAAGAGAACAGCUCAGGCAAUAGAGCCCUACAUCACUAAUUUCUUCAACCUGGUGUUGAUGUUGGGGAAGACGUCAGUCAGUGAUCUGUCAGAACACGUGUUUGACCUGAUCUUGGAGCUCUACAACAUCGACAGCCAUCUACUGCUGUCUGUACUGCCACAGCUAGAGUUUAAACUGAAGAGUAAUGAUAAUGAUGAGCGUCUCCAGGUAGUCAAGCUGUUAGCUAAGAUGUUUGGAGCUAAAGACUCUGAGCUGGCAGCACAGAACAAACCCCUGUGGCAGUGUUACCUGGGCAGGUUCAAUGAUAUCCACGUGCCCAUCAGACUGGAGUGUGUCAAGUUUGCUUCCCACUGCCUCAUGAACCACCCAGACCUGGCCAAGGACCUCACAGAAUUCCUGAAGGUCAGGUCACAUGACCCAGAGGAGGCCAUCCGUCAUGACGUCAUCGUCUCCAUAGUAACUGCAGCCAAAAAGGACCUGGCUCUGGUCAACGACGCCCUGCUGAACUUUGUCAAGGAGAGGACACUGGACAAGAGGUGGCGUGUGCGUAAGGAGGCCAUGAUGGGUCUGGCUCAGAUCUAUAAGAAGUACUCUCUCCAGGGAGAGGGGGGCAAGGAGGCAGCCAAUCAGAUCUCCUGGAUCAAAGAUAAACUACUACAUAUCUACUACCAGAACAGCAUCGACGACAGGUUGUUGGUAGAGCGUAUCUUUGCCCAGUACAUGGUACCUCACAACCUGGAGACCACGGAAAGGAUGAAGUGUUUGUACUAUCUCUAUGCUACCCUGGACACUAACGCUGUCAAGGCUCUGAAUGAGAUGUGGAAGUGUCAGAACAUGUUGAGACACCACGUCAAAGAUCUCCUGGACCUGGUCAAACAGCCCAAGUCUGAUGCGGGUAGCAAGGCUGUGUUUGCCAAGGUUAUGGUGAUUACGAGGAACCUUCCAGACCCUGGCAAGGCCCAGGACUUUGUGAAGAAGCUAGCCCAGGUUCUGGAGGAUGAUGAGCGGAUUAGAAACCAACUAGAGACCCUGGUCUCACCGGCCUGCUCCUGCAAACAGGCCCAAGUCUGUGUGAGAGACAUCACUAAGAAGCUAGGCAGUCCUAAACAGCCCAGUAACCCCUUCUUAGAGAUGGUCAAGUUCCUUCUGGAAAGAAUCGCUCCUGUACACAUCGACACAGAGUCUAUCAGUGCUCUGGUAAAGCAGGUGAACAAGUCGAUAGAUGGAACAGCUGAUGAUGAUGAUGAGGGAGUUCCUACUGAACAGGCCAUCAGGGCAGGACUGGAGCUACUCAAGGUCCUGUCGUUCACCCACCCGGUGUCCUUCCACUCUGCGGAGACGUUUGAGUCCCUGCUGGGCUGUCUGAAGAUGGAUGAUGAGAAGGUGGCCGAGGCUGCGCUGCAGAUCUUUAAAAACACAGGCAGCAAGAUGGAGGAGAGCUUCCCUCACAUCAAGUCUGUUCUGCUGCCUGUACUGCAGACCAAAGCUAAGAGAGGACCCCCUCGUCAGGCCAAGUAUGCCAUCCACUGUAUCCACGCCAUGUUCACACACAGAGACACACACUUCGCUCAGAUCUUCGAGCCGCUGCAUAAAGGCUUGGACCUUGAGGACCUGGAUCAGCUGAUAACGCCUCUCACCACUCUGGGUCACCUGGCUCUGCUGGCCCCAGAACAGUUUGCCGCUCCACUCAAAUCACUGGUGGCCAACUUCAUAGUCAAGGACCUGCUCAUGAGCGACAGGAUCCCAGGUAAGAAGACAACCAAGCUGUGGGUCCCUGAUGAUGAGGUGUCUUCUGAAACCCUGGCCAAGAUCCAGGGUAUCAAGUUGAUGGUGAGGUGGUUGUUGGGAGUGAAGAACACCCUGUCUAAGUCUGGUAACUCCACUCUGAGGAUGCUGACUGCUAUACUGCACAGUGAUGGAGACCUGACGGAGCAGGGCAAGAUGGGUAAACCAGACAUGUCCAGGUUGAGGCUGGCAGCAGCUUGUGCCCUCCUGAAACUGGCUCAGGAGCCCUGCUACCAUGAGAUCAUCACCCUAGAGCAGUACCAGCUCUGUGCCCUGGUCAUCAACGAUGAGUGUUACCAGGUGCGCCAGGGCUUUGCCCAGAAGCUCCAUAAGGGUCUGUGCCGCCUGCGUCUGCCCCUGGAGUACCUGGCGGUGUUUGCUCUGUGUGCCAAGGACCCUGUGAAGGAGAGGCGGGCACACGCCAGGCAGUGUCUGGUGAAGAACAUUACAAUCAGGAGAGAGUACCUUAAACAACACGCUGCUGUCAGCGAGAAGUUGUUCUCCCUCCUCCCCGAGUAUGUGGUCCCCUAUGCCAUCCACCUGCUGGUCCACGACCCAGACUACAUCAAGGUCCAGGACAUAGAACAACUCAAAGACAUCAAGGAGUCUCUGUGGUUCAUCCUGGAGAUCAUCAUGUCUAAGAAUGAGAACAACAGCCAUGCCUUCAUCAGGAAGAUGGUGGAGAACAUCAAACAGACCAAGGACGCACAAGCUCCCACCGACACCAAGACCAACGAGAAGCUGUACACGGUGUGUGACGUAGCCAUGAACAUCAUAAUCUCUAAGAGCACCACGUACAGUCUGGAGUCUCCCAAAGACCCUGUCCUGCCCACACGUUACUUCACCAAGCCUGACAAGAAUUUCAGCAACACAAAGAACUAUCUCCCUCCAGAGAUGAAGUCCUUCUUCACACCUGGAAAGCCUAAGGCAGCUAAUGUGUUAGGAGCGGUGAACAAGCCCCUGUCCUCAGCAGGCAAACCCAUCCAGAGUAAAGCCUCACGCAUGGAGACGGCUAGCAACGAUGAUAGCACCUCUAACCCCAGCUCUCCUCAACGCACCAAGACCAGACAUGACAGUGCAGAGGACCACAGUGAGAAUGAAGACGUCAUCAUGAAGAAAGGCGACACCCCUGAUACAAAGGACAAACCCCAGGGACGCAAGCGAGGCGCCGCCUCCAGUAACCUUGACGACAACCCUUCUCCCAAACCCAAGCGUGGCCGCAAGAAGGCAGCAGCAGUCGACCCCGAGGACCAAUGGGGCGAGGACUCCCGACUCGGCGACGCCCAGACGGAAGACGAGCAGAACAGCCCGCCCAAAAAAGGGCGUAGGGGGCGAUCCACGAAGGCUGCGGCAGCCAAUCAGGAAACCCCAGCUAAAGGAAGAGGGCGGGGCCGGAAGAAGGCAACUCCUCCCCCUGAAGAGGAGGAGGAGGAGGGAGGAGAGGAGGUGGAAGAAGAGGAGGAGGAGGAAGAGGAGGAGAAUAUGGAGGUGAAGACUAAGGGAGGAAGACCAGCGCGGGCGGCAAAGAGAGCAACACAGAGUUCUGAGUCUGCUGAGUCCACCCCAGUGAAGAAGAGAGGACGACCGGCCAAGGCCGCAGCACAGCCUGCCAAGAAACAACCAGCGCGUGGCCGUGGUAAGGCGGCAGCAGCAGCCAAAGAGGAGUCGGAUGAGGAAAUUGAGACACCGCUUGAGGAAGAGGAGGAGGAGCAGGAGGAAGAGGAGAAGGAGGAAGAACAGACCACUCCUAAAGGUCGACGGAAGACCGGAGGAAGAAAAAGAUGAACGGAGGACGAGAGAAAGAGAGGGAGCGAAGGAUGGAAGGAGAGAGCGAAGGAUGGGAGGGAUGGAGAUUAGACUUUUCUGAACUUUUCAUAUGCUGACGCUCCUACCGUUACACACGCUUACACACACACACACACACACACACACUCUGAUAACAUCAGUAUCAUUAACCGUAAGUUGUUUUGUGAUGCAUUGUGAUAUUGUUCGCCACAUCUGUCGAGAGAGAGAGAGAGAGAGAGAUCUCAACUGAUGAAUAUCCCAUGAGGUGUAAAUAGUAUCUUUCAUGUCUGUGUUAUGGUUGGUUGGUUGCUUGUUUUUGUUUUGUUGAUGGACUGACUGGGUGCUGUUGUAUAGCUUUUAGCUCCUGUCUGUCGCCAAUGGCACCCUAUUCCCUAUAUAGUGCCCUACUUUGGUCUCUGGUCAAAGGUAGUGCACUAUAUAGGGAAUAGGGUGUUAUUUUGGCCGCACCCCCCUGGUCUGAAAGUGCGCUACUUGUUUUACCGUCAAAAUUAAAUGAGUUUUAAAUAAGGCCUUUCAGCAAUACUUUCUUUUUGUCAUGUUCCCCUCUGUGUCUCUCAACUGAACCCUUACAUCAACUGAACCGUUACGUUAGAUUACCCUUACAUUGACUUUUUUACUCUUUGGUGAAGUCAAUCAUGUAAUUUUUUCCUUUGUAGUUUUUUUUUUAACAAAAAAAAAAAAAGUCAAUUGGUUUGUUUACAGCAUUGUAUAUUCACGCCUUGUUGAGUUGUCGUUUUUGUUUUUUUUAAACCCUCUGGGAGAAAAUUCCAGAAAACUGUGUCGGAAUGUUGAAUGUUGAAUUUCUAUUAUAAAUCAAUAAAGUUUUAGUGUUCGUUCCAUUUGA